UGUGUGUCUGUCUGUCUGUCUCUCUGACUGACUGACUGACUGAUCCUUUCUCUAGACUCCACGCCUCUCGCUUGUUUUCUCUCUCUCUCUCUCUCAUUCACUUUCUUUCACUCCCCCUCAUUUUUCUUUCUUUCUUUCCCUUCCUUUCGUGUACAAAUUUACUUUAUCUGCGCGCGCUUUCUCUCUUUCCUCUUCUCCCGCUGGAACAUGCAAAUCCAGCUUUCCCUCGGCCCCGCCUUUUCCUCCACCCCGCCAUGAGCUCAUCUCUCGAGGCCAAGAUUGUGGUCCUCGGCGCCCAGGGCGUGGGCAAAACCUCCCUCGUCCAACGCUAUGUCAAGAACGCCUUCGAUCCCGCCGGCACCGCCUCCACCGUCGGCGCCUCCUUUGUCACCAAACGCGUCCUCGACAGCGCCUCCGAUACCAUCGUCCGCCUACAAAUCUGGGACACUGCUGGCCAGGAACGGUUCCGGAGCAUCUCGCGACUGUACUACCGGGGCGCGAACGCCUGUCUCCUCUGCUACGACAUCACCGACGAACAAAGCUUCCAAGAGAUGACCGGGUGGCUCCUGGAGCUGAAGAAGAACGUCUUCGAGGAUGACCCGAUCGUAAUCCACGUGGUGGGUACGAAAUCUGACAUCGUGACCAUCGAGCCCUCGCGUCGCCGUGUCCCCUUCGAGCGCACCAUCGCAUAUGUCGCCGAACAACUCUACCCGACGCAGGCGUCGACCCCACCUCCAUCCGCGGGACUGGGCCCCUCAUCGAGCAUGCCGCAGGGCCUCGACAGCAAGCGCAGCAGCGGGUUCUGGGGACAGGAUAUUGGAUGGGACUGCUGCCACGAAAUCAGCGCCAAGGAUGGGGAGGGCAUCGAGGAGGUGUUCCGCGUCAUCACACGAAAGCUGGUCGAGCAGCGCAACAGGCGCGAGGCUGGACUGAGUCCGUCGCUGCUGUCGCCGUCUUCCCUGGAUGGUUUGCCUCCUGCCAGUCCCGCGAACAUCGACGGUGGCGGCAGUUUCCGACUGGGUUACGGCGACAAGCGACGCAGUUGGCUCGGAUUCCCGCCCAGCAGUGUCGGAGAUGAGGUUGAUGUUCCCGUGGAGGUGGCGAGGAAGAAGGGGGGUUGUUGCUGAUUGAUUGCGUUCAUCGGUCGGCCAACCUCAAGUUACGUGUCUCCUGCAUUAUGAACUCCCUGAUCGCAUCAUGGCUUCAUCCACUUCGCGUUCAGUGUUCGUUCGCAUUGAACGCUUGGUUGGGCGUUUUGUGUGUCUGCAUUCCUUGGCAAUAUUUUCCCACUCUGCAUGAUUUGAUGAUGUACACGAUUUUCCUCUUUUGUCAUCUUGUGUUUUGCAUCUUACACGACUGGUCCCGGGGUUUCUCUCUUCGUUCUAUCUAAUUCGCUUGCGGUUCGCUUGGCUUGUUACACUAUGAUGAUGGCAUGUUCUCGGGCUUGGUCGUUGUCUCUAUCUAGAUAGAACUUGUUCGGGCGCUUCUGGGAGGACCUAAUGG